AGAACCAUGCCGAAGUCAAAGAGGGACAAGAAAGUUUCGUUAACAAAAACGACCAAGAAGGGCCUGGAAACAAAACAGAACUUAAUCGAAGAGUUACGAAAAUGUGUGGAUAUAUACAAGCAUCUGUUUAUCUUCUCUGUGGAAAAUAUGAGGAACAACAAAUUGAAAGACAUCAGGACAGCCUGGAAGCACAGUCGAUUCUUUUUUGGCAAAAACAAGGUGAUGAUGAUUGCUAUAGGUAAAGGACCAACAAGCGAAUACAAAGACAAUUUGCACAAGGUCACUCGGUUUCUUAAAGGAGAAGUGGGUGUGUUAUUCACAAAUAAAACCAAGGAAGAGGUACAAGAGUAUUUCAGCCAGUUCAAAGAGAUGGACUUUGCACGAGCAGGAAACAAGGCUGAGAUGGCAGUAACGCUUGAUGAGGGGCCACUGGAACAGUUCCCUCACUCCAUGGAACCACAGCUGAGACAGUUGGGACUCCCUACAGCACUCAAGAAGGGAGUGGUGACGCUGCUGAAAGACCAUGAUGUGUGCAAAGAGGGUGACACAUUAACCCCUGAACAAGCCCGAAUUCUUAAACUCUUUGGGAUUGAGAUGGCUGAAUUCAGAGUGCAGGUCAAGUGCAUGUGGAACUCUGAAACAUGCGACUUUGAAAAGCUAACUGAGGAAGAAGAGGAGGAUGAGGCUAUGCAGGAUAAUGAUGACAAAGAAGGAGAUGGGGAAUGAAUCUAGAUGAAGCAAAGGAUUUUGCAGAUUGUUUUUUUUUAUACUGUAUGACCUGUAUAUUUAACGUCUUAAUAAAAACAACAUUUAGGUGUUUCCUCUGCC